CCGCCGGGGCCGCCGCUCCUGCUCCUGCCGCUCCUGCUGGUGGCGGGCUGUGCCUGGCGGCCGGCUUGGGGCCAGGAGGCGCCGCAGACCCCCGACUGGAGGAUGACGCUGAAGACCAUCCGCAACGGGGUGCACAAGAUCGACAUGUACCUCAACGCGGCCCUCGACCUGCUGGGCGGUGAGGACGGGCUCUGCCAGUACAAGUGCAGCGACGGAUCAAGGCCCGUUCCUCGCUAUGGAUAUAAACCAUCACCACCAAAUGGCUGUGGAUCCCCUCUAUUUGGAGUUCAGUUUGACAUUGGUAUCCCUUCAAUGACAAAGUGCUGCAAUCAACACGACAGAUGCUAUGACACUUGCGGCAAUAAAAAAAAUGAUUGUGAUGAGCAGUUUCAGUCCUGCCUCUCAAAAAUUUGCAGAAACGUGCAGAAAACACUUGGAAUCUCAGAGAGUGUCCAGGCUUGUGAAUCAACUGUUCAGCUGUUGUUUGAUGCAGUUAUACAUUUAGGAUGUAAACCAUACCUGGACAGCCAGAGAGCGGCAUGUAUGUGUCAUUAUGAGGGUAAGACAGAUCUGUGAAAGAAGAUACUGAGCUCUCACGGUGUAAAAUAAAGAUUCAGUUGAACUGAAGCAAGUCUUUGGUUACAAAGCCUUAUGCUUUUUAGACAGUAAUAUCUUAAAACACUGACAUGAAUAUUCUGAUUUGAAAAAUCACUACGAUAUUCUUAUUGAUCUAAAAAAGAAACAAGUCUUCUUUCUCUUCUAUUUUGUGCCAGAAUCUUGGAAACUGAAAUUAGUUUCCUUUGGCGUAUGUCUGCUCAGGGCAUGUUCCUGUACAACACUACAGCACCAGUAUACAACACUAGUGCCAUUUUAAAGUUUUUAAAAAAACUCAGUAAUGGGGGCAUCAGAAGCACUGAAGAGUUAUAUUGAAUUCUUGGAUGAUUUUUAAUAUAGGUCAAAUUUUAGGUUUACUAGAUGCAUCUGAUGGAUACAACAGCAAAGAGCGUUUUGUGUGCAUCUGUAUGACAUCUUAAAUAGCCUAUACGUCCGUGUUUCUGGUACAGUUGCCUUCAGUUCUCUCUGAUAUAUGCUAUCCUGUGGGCUUGUUGUUAAAAAAGCAACCAAAAUACCCUAAACCUGUAUACAUCUACACUACAUUUUUACCUGAAUCUGUAUCAACCUUAAUUCUGCAGCACUUUUCAGAUCGAGUAUGUUGAUCCUUUUAAGGCUUGACCAGUAAAAUGAACAGCUUGCAACCUAAGGAUAUACUUUUGAUUUGAUAAAGUGGUGAAACGUAGUUUCUACGUUAUGUUUAAAAUUUUCUCAAAUGUCUAUUUUUAAAUAAAAUAUUUUGUGUAUUAUAUGCAUGGAAAGGAUAUAGUGUUCAAACAAGUUGAUUUAUAUUUAUCUUGUGGCACAACUUGGCUACUGUACUUAUCUUUGCUUUCAUUUAGUAUGUUCUGAUGAAAACUAAAAGCAAGUUCAACAGUUAAGAUCAGUAAGCCCAACAAAACCUUUUUAUUUAAGAUGUCCUCUGUGAGGCUGAUGGAUAUUGGAGCCUGUAUUUUUGCCAUCUGUUCCCUUGACCUCUGUGAGGCUGAGCAACAUCUGAGCCUUUACUUCUGUCAUCUCUUCUCACUCUGACUUCUCUAGCUAAAAUCACCUGAUA